AUGGAUACUUUGAACUCGAUACUAAAAUUAAUAGAGCGAAAUUGUUUUAUGGCCUCUCUUGACAUUAAAGAUGCAUACUAUUCAGUAGCUGUCAAUCAAUCUGAUCGCAAAUAUCUGCGGUUUUACUGGCAGGGAGUUUUAUAUCAAUAUACAUGCUUGCCAAAUGGCCUUUCUAGUUGCCCUAGGACGUUCACCAAGGUGCUUAAACCCCCAUUAACAGUGCUCCACAAACUUGGUCACAUUAUUGCCAGUUACAUUGACGAUCUUUUCCUACAGGGAAAAACGUAUGAACAAUGCGUGUCUAAUGUUAUUGAUACACUAUUGCAAUUUGACGCUCUGGGAUUUAUAAUUCACCCAGAUAAAUCAGCUUUCAUACCUUCACAAGAACUGCUUUUAUUAGGUUUUAUAAUUAACUCUGUUGAAAUGACCAUUACCCUCACACCUGAGAAAAAGGUCGCACUAAAGCAGCUUUGUCUCGCUUUGAUAUCUAAACAUAUGCCCACAAUUAGAGAGGUUGCUCAAGUUAUUGGUAAGAUAAUCUCGUCAUUUCCGGGCGUGGCACACGGCCCAUUAUAUUACAGAGCAUUAGAUCGUAAUAAAACUGAAGCUCUUCAAUUGUGUAAAGGUAAUUUUGAUAAACGCAUGACAUUAUCAAAAGAGUCAAAGCUUGAGCUUCGGUGGUGGGCACAGAAUAUUCUUGAGUCACAAAAUGUAAUUUCCCGGGGCCAACCGUCCCAUAUUCUUACAACAGAUGCCUCCCUCACUGGGUGGGGGGCGGUUUACGAAGGCAGCAGUACUGGUGGUUUUUGGGCUGAUGAAGAAAAAAUACAUCACAUUAACUACCUCGAGCUACUAGCGCUGUUUUUAGGGUUACAGACGUAUUGUAAAACUUUACAAGGCACACAUAUUCGGGUGUAUCUUGAUAACACAACAGCUAUAGCUGUAAUAAACCACAUGGGCACAAGCCAUUCGCCACAAAGUAACACACUAGGUAAAACUAUCUGGGAAUGGUGUAUCUUCAGAAAUAUCUGGCUUAGUGCUGCCCAUAUUCCAGGGGUUGACAAUACUAUAGCUGAUUCAGAAUCACGCAGCACUGAUUCGCAUACCGAAUGGAUGCUUGACAGCUCAACUCUUAAGAGUUGUAAUCGCAACAUUGUUGCAAAAAAUUCAGGAGGAAAAAGCGACAGGGAUAGUAGUUUUACCGGACUGGCCAACACAAUCUUGGUACGCCAAGGCAAUGCAAAUGUGCCGUCAACCCCCGGUACGUCUAGCUCCGGGGAAACAGCUGUUACAAUUGCCAGGUCAACCGCAGGAAAUUCAUCCACUGCACAAAACUCUGGCUCUUCUAGUUUGUCACUUAUCCGGCAACAACUAACAGAGCAAGGCUUAUCAGCUGAAACGGUAAAUAUAAUAAUGGCGACAUGGCGACAGACAACCGGAAAACAAUAUCAGUGCUACCUUUUAAAAUGGAUAAGUUUUUGCCAAGAAAAUCGAAUUAAUAUUGAACAGGCUGAUAUUAAUGAUGGUCUAAAAUUCCUCACAUUUUUAUACAAUCAAGGCGUAGGUUACAGUGCUAUUAACACAGCUCGGUCAGCACUAUCUGCAGUAAUCACGUUGGGUAGUCAUCGAACCUUUGGUGAACACCCUUUAGUUACUCGGUUUCUCAAAGGCGUUUUUGAACUUAAACCAUCCUUACCUAGAUAUUCUGUAGUAUGGGACGUGGGCGUAGUUCUUAAAUUUCUGCAGUCAAUGCCCUCUCUGGAGAAUAUGACUUUAGCAAUGCUAAUGAAAAAGUUAACCACGUUAUUAGCACUUCUAACUGCCCAGCGAUGCCAAACAUUAAAGAGCCUAGACCUAGACUUCAUGCAAGAAGCCGACAAUCAGUUUGUGUUUACAAUAAUGGAAAAACUUAAAACAACCCGAGCAGGGAAACACAUUCCACCAAUCAAAAUAUUGAGUUACCCACACGAUAUUCGUCUGUGUCCUGUAGCACAUUUAAAAUGUUACAUCACGAAAACAAAAACAUUACGACGUCAUUCAACACUUUUAUUAAGUUACGUCAAGCCACAUAAACCGGUGACCAAUUCCACUAUCGGUAGAUGGGUCAAAGGCAUUCUUCAAGAAUCGGGCAUCGACAAAAUGUUUUCAGCACACAGUAGUCGAACAGCAUCAUCGUCAUACGGAAUUUUGUUGGGCCUGCCAUUGAAAGAUGUUCUGAAAGCUGGCGGAUGGUCAAAUGCAGAAACAUUUGCCAAACAUUAUAAUAAACCUAUCGAAUCUAAUUUUGGGAACAGUAUACUUAACCAUUUUAUUAAUACAGACACCGAUGAUUGA